AUGGGACUGCGGGUACAGGCGGAAACGCUCGAAAUCGUCAAAGAUGAAAAGGGACUCGUCGGAAUUUCUAUCGGUUAUUUUCCAUUGGUUUUAUAUUUUUUUCUACUGUUUCAGGCGGUGGUUCUCCGUACUGUCCUUGUGUUUACGUCGUCCAAAUUUUCGAUGGCUCACCGGCGUCGAAAGAUGGAAGGUUUGUGUGAGAUUUGAAUAUUUUGUUCCCCUUGUUUUUUCAAAAGAAAAAUGGUUCUUUUUCUCAAGAUGGAGAGAACAGCUGAAAACGUGAACUUCUAACGCAUUUUUCUAAUUUUCAUGACUUGAAAGUUCUUUCGUACUUUUUGACACAAAAAACAAAGAUCUAGGCAUUUAGAAAUACUUUUUUGGUUGUUUCCAAGAAAAACAGAAAAAAAAUUUUUUUGGAACAUUCAGAAAAAUGAGUAGAAGAAAAAAAUAGAAAAGUAAAAUUGUAAAAAAACAAUUUUUUUCAAAAAAAUAUCGCUUUUUAAAAAAACAAAGUAAAAAUAAGGAUUCUAGUCGUCUUUCUCUCACAUGAAUUCGAAAGGCAAAUCGCUUUUAUUUUCGUUAUAUCAAGGAUUAUUCAGGUUGCCCAGAAUGCCUUUUUCAAGAUUUUUUCGGGUUUACCAUGAAUAAACUCGCUAAAAAACCGAAUUACUGACUUUUUUACGGGGAGUAAAUCAUCGCACGGUUCAUUUUACGGUCCGUAUAGCUUCUUUCCUUUUGAUAGGAUUCGCGCCGGCGACGAGGUCGUCGCUGUCAACGGAAUAUCUGUAAAAGGCGAACGGAAAUCGGCUGUCGCCCAGCUCAUCCAAGUCAGCCUGAACCCUGUCAAAGUUUGAAUCCGUCUCUGCCCUUUUUCAUCACGAUAAAUUCAGAUCACAAUCAAUAAGUUAGAGAGCGAUGCGAGUAAAGGGAAGACGUUGGAUAUCGUUCUGAAAAAAGUCAAAGCACAAGGUUUUUUUUGAAUAUUUUUUCGAACUACCUUCCUUUUCAGAUUGUCGAGUUCAUGGACCAAGACUCAGCGGACGCUUUGGGGCUGUCUCGAGCCAUUUUAUGCAACGAUCCGCUGGCGGCGAAGAUGAAGGCAAUUUUUCAUUUCAUAUGAGUUUAGAAAUGUAGACCUGAAGACUUGCGGUAACAAACUCGAAAAUUCCAGAAGAUAUAUUUUUUUUCCUCGAAAAAGUGUGGGAAAACAUUGAAACUGCCUUUUUUUGUAGUAAGUUCACUCACGCGGACCAUAAAUGUAGAUUAACUUGAUUAUAUGUAUGUAUUUCCGUUUUAGUGGCCGCUAUAGAGGUUCUCUAUUUCGUGGCCACUUCAGUAGUUCUUCAUCCAGUAUUUCUUCCAGUAACUGACAAUUAUAAAACAAACAGAUUGGACCAAUUAUGUUGAUCCAUUGACCCCCUAAAGUGAACACUAAAAAUUUUAGGUAGCUCCUAGACCUCUAUAGUGGCCAUUAAAGCGUCAAAACCCUAUAGUGGCCAUUGAAAAUUUUCCCAGAUAAGUAGGCAAAGCUCCAAUAAACUUCAACGGUUUUUCGAAAAAUCAAUAAGAAUGGCUUUUUUAAAUUUUUUUUCUAGGGUGAAUAACCGUUUUGAAGUAUCACAUCAAAGUUUAUUCGAAUUAUUCAUGCAGUGUUCAAAGCUACUUUGGAACUCCAGAGUGGUCCCUCUAGGGUGGAGGGUAAAAGAGCCUUUUUGUGGGCGGAGCCAACCAAUCGUGCCCCUACGUUUCAGUUCGUGUUUUUGAAUGGUGAAAAUUUGUUUCGCCACGUGUGUCGAAAGCAUCAAACUUGACGUACAGAAGAUUUUUUCAGAUCCUCGAAUCGAACGCAGAGUUUUACUGUAACCUGGUUUCCUACUUUGGCGAUUCAUUUCAUUACUUGGACAAAAUCGCCGCCCAUCAGAAAGGUCUUUUUCUCGAGUGAUCAACCUGAUUAUACUUUUUCAGAGUUUGGCGACAUUUUCUGUGAUUUGGCGGCCCAUGAGAAACAAGCGACGGCCAACGAGGCUUUCACCGCUUUCGGCGAGAGGCACAGGCUUCUGGAACGAAAACAAGUUGAUAUUCAGGGCCUUUGGAAAGGUUUCAAUGUUUUUGUAGUCGGAUGCUUUGAAACGACUGCGGCCAAUCGUCGCGGAUCUGCAAGUUUACGUCGAUCACGUCGUCCCGGACACGCAGCUCACUAUUAAAAAGUUUAUUCGGUCCUCGGGAAGCGUUAUUAGUUCAUUUUGCACUUUAACUAUGACGGAUAUAGGAGCGUAUACAGAAAGAAUAAGAAAAAAUAGGUGGGGGAUAACUUUUUGACAAAAUUUGUUGGAAAAUCAUUGCCUAGGAUUGAAAUGGACCUAUUACACUGAAAACCUUCUUAGUUUUUUCAGCUCCAUUUCUAAGCCAACCAAAAUUUUAAGGGUUUAAAAGUCCAUUUAUUAAUUUUUUACCAUGACAAAUCUAUCGCUUCUUUAUCGAAAAAAGUCGGAAUGGUAUAUAAUGGACCCCUUCCUAUUUUUGACGUAUUAAAAAAGACGGAAAUUUUCACGAUUCAAUGAUUUUUAUAUCCUUAUUUUCCAUAGUAUUAUUCUAUUUCAUUUUAACAACCCUCAAUCGUACUGAGAAAUUUCGUUCAUUUUGAGAUACCUUGAUGUGAAGUACGAGUACCUGUCCUACUGCCUCAAACUCAAGGAAAUGGACGACGAGGAGGCCGAAUUUCUGGCGAUUCAGGAGAACUUAUACCGCAUCGAGACUGGCAACUACGAGUAUAGGUUUAACUAUAUUUCAGUUCGAAAUUAUUUUUCCGACUCACUGGGAAAACUAGUGGCCACUUAAGAGGUUUUUCAGGGACUUCUUGGAAAAAAGUGUCCACUAAAACAACCCCUAUAGAAGCCAUUAUUUUGAGUCUUAGUGGCCACUUUAGUAGUUUUAGUGGUCUAGUACCACUUAGCCUUCAAUUGAAAUUUCAAAACCCUAAAGAGGCCACUAAAAAUGCUCAUAGUAAUUUCUGAAUUUCAGUUGAACGUUUUUUUUUCUCUUCCUUCACUGCUCUUUCCAUAAGAUUAUAAUAUUAAGGCGAUUACUGAAAAACUUUUGAGGGGUCCCUAUAGGGUUUUUAUGACCCUAUGACCCUAAAACAACAAACUCUUAUAGGGACCCCUCAGAAAUUCCUCAGUAUAAAAACGAAUUCAUAUAAUUUUCAGAAAAAAAUUGUAAGUCUGUAAAUUUUUUCAUGAGGAAAAAUAUAAGCAAAUGUAUUAUGAAUCCCAAAAACCGUUCGUCUUUCACAGAUUGAUGCUCCGGUGUCGUCACGAAUGCCGACAACGUUUCCUGCAGAUGAGAAGUGACGUCAUGGUCAAAAUCGAGUUGCUCGACCAGAAACACGGUAUUUCCAUACUCGAAACUCUAAAAGGGUAGAUUUCCAGUCCGCGACAUCACCCAGCAUCUAACGACGUUCGCCAAAUCGAUGGCAAAAUGCCAAAGUGACUGCGCCGAGGUUCUCAAAGAUCCGAUCGAUGUGCCGAUUGAGAUCGAUCUGGCUCAGGUGGGGAACACUGGUACAGCUUGAUGAAUUUUUAAUUUUCGAAACGCGCUUUUCAAUCAACUACUUUCUUGGAAAAAAAAUGAAAUGUGCGCCAAAAUAAGCAAUGAAAAUUUCUCCUCUGAGAAUUUGAAAAGACUUCACACCUCACUUGAACAACUUUGUGUAGGCGAUAAGCUUACGACUCGAAAAACUUGGGACACGGCUAGCUUGGGAUUCGAAAAGCUUGGGACACGGCUAGCUUGGGGCUCAAAAAAGCGCAACUUGUCUGCGCUCACCAUCAACCUAGCACUGUCUCUUUUCUCAUCGUCUCAGGACCCUUUCUGAUGGCUCAAGCCAGCCGUGAACGAGCUAUAUCCUAUGAAGUAGUUCAUUUCGCCAAUUCAGAAAAGCUUUUGAUUUUAAGAGAUCAAAUGGUUCUUCCUUCCUGAAUUGAAAAUUCUUGCAGCUGAGCCUGCAAAACCAAUCGGAAGAGAUACCAUCCGGAUCGGCCGUGGUCGACUGGGCUGAAGAAGCGCUGGUCGACCUCGACUCCUCGCCCACCGACCUCAUCGACGUCGGCGAAGAAUCCGUCAAAGUGUCGAUUCCCAAGGACGACAGUGGCUUGGAGGACUCUCUCGAGCCGUUGCUAUCCGCAAAUUCCAACGAUUUCGAAGCAAAUGAGUUUUCUCUCAUCGAUAUUGGGUAG